CAAAUAUGACCAGAGGCGAUAAGAUCGCGCUGGCUGUUGAACAACCGUUCCGUGUCGGUGCAGUGUCUUCCGUCCGCGAAGAGGUCGCCGUUCUACACCCAGCAGUGUGCGAAGCUCGUGUGAAUGUUGGUGUGCGAGUGAAGCGUGAUACGAGUGAUUUGCUGCAGAAUCGCGACUUGUUGUCAGAUGAAGAAGCUGCAAGUUUCCAUACUGCAGACCACCCCAAGCAUGCCCUAUGAGGUGCAAUAAGCAAGAUUCUAGCUCUUAGCGAUUCCUCCUUCGGGAGCGAGUCGAGUGGGCAGAAUGUUGUACGUAUUCCACGUGGAUACUGGGACGAUGAGGACGUUUGACAUGAACUUGGCUUUGGAAAAUGUAGUGCAGCUGAAAGAGGCAAUUGAAAAAGUAUGUCAUAUACCAGCCGACAAGCAAGUUCUUCUGGUGAGUGGUGGAGACUGCUUGGACCCAGGAGUAAGAGUCUGUAGCUAUUCGGCUGGUACAGACACCAAUCCAAUAUUCCUGUUCAGCAAGUCUACAAUAGAAAGCAUGACGCCUCCAUCUCCCAGUAUCGACUAUGGUUCAGACAUUGACCUCAAAGAUCAGGCAGAAGCUUCUGUAAACAUGCCACAUUCUUACAACACUGUUGUGGUGCGAGCCCAGCUAGCGCAACAAUUUUAUGAGCUCGCUAAAGAGCAAGUGCGCUGUUGUGAAAGCCUAGUUCAUGAUCAACAUUUGCAGCAACAAGGUUGGGCCGCAGUUGUGGCCAAUUUAGAAGAUAUUACUGCAGCAUUUCGAAGCCGUACUGAAGUUUUUGACCAGACCUUUAAGCAACAUUUGGAAUCUCGUGAAGAAUACAUACAGUUGCUUCACAAUUACAAGGAAGAUCUUGAAAUGUUAGCAAAAAUUCCAUUGAUCUCAGCACUUAUAACAGAGAAAGAGUCGCUAACAAGCUCUACAACUAAAGAAAGUGAAACAAAGGAGAAACCUGUUGAAGAAGUUACUGAAAGCGCAAGUACGUUAGUCAGAAGUGGUGCUGGCAAUGAAGUAAAAGAGCAAGAAGAAAAGAUGAUGACAUUGUUUGAAUGGAUAUCUGCAAAGGACAAUCAAAGCAGUCUGGAACUCUUAGCUGAGCAAUGUAGCCACCAUCUAGAGCAGUUUGAUAGCCAUGUUGUAGAAGCUCUAAAAACUGAGAUGUAUGCGGCUUUGGAAGCAGCUAACAAGACAGAAAUGAAGGAAAUAAAAGGUUUAGAAGAAAGGCUUUUUGGACUAGAGCAGCUUAUGUUUGAGGCCAAAAGAAUAGUCCAGGAGCAAACAGAUUUGGCACAGGCAUUUUUGCAAAAUCAGAACCGUGCCAGCAACUUGGGUGAUCCAUCCAUAUUGCCUGAUUUAUGCACAUCACACAAGCGACAAAUGCUUGUUAUGUUGAAGAAUCAUCAUCAGCUUCGAGACAUAAAGCGAAGAUGUACACGUGCAAAAGAGGAACUUAGCACAAACCUUUACCACAGGCUGCGAUGGGUUAUGUAUGUUGAAAAUCAUAUAUAUGAGGUGGAUAGCAAAUUUAUGAUUUAUCAUGAAAGCCUGAAGAGGUUGAGGCGCCAGUUGGAAAUAGUACGGCAGAUUCACCUGGCUCCACAAAUGUAUGUUAAGGCUGUAGGGGAAGUUGUACGCCGUCGAACAUUCUCGCAAGCAUUCCUUGUGUGGGCAAGUGAUCUGGCAUGUCAGUUGCUGACUGUAUACAAUGAUGAAGUAGCAAGAAGACAGGAAUUCCAGAGACAAUUUGAGGGCCACUUUUUAAAUACACUUUUCCCUGGAAUGGAGGACAUGCCCCCCUCAUUUGCAACCCAAGCACCAUCUGUUUUUGAUUCUGGUCUUCCAAAGCUAACGGUAGAUGAUGUUGAUCGCUUAAAGAAUGAGUUACCAGAACUGAAUAUCUCUCUCUCACUUCCUGAUCUUGGUGCAAUUACACAGUUUUUCCUGUCUAAAUCAGUCUCUGGUACAAUGAAAACUGAAGAAAAGGAAGACACUGCCCUUGAAGACAGACUAGUGAAAGUUGUAACUGAUGCCGGUCUUGCAAGUAAUUUGGAUCCAACUCUACUCCAGACGGGAGAUGCUGAUACUGUUGUGAGGGUGCAUUCUUCUAGUCCUAUAUCUCUUCAGGAACCUGCUGCAGUUAAGGAACCUGACAGGGGUUUUGAGUCCGAGACGGACACUGAAGAGUUUGAAAAAGUCGGCCAGAGCCCUGUGGAUUUGGGAUUUGACACACGGCAGACGCGGCCUGUUACCGGAGCCGCCAUUCAUUGUGAGCCGAGCGCAGAACAGGGACAUGAAGGGGAAAGUGGUUCGGCAGCUGCUCUCGAACGAGUUGCCACGCUGGAGGAGAAUCUGGGAAACACACGGGAAGAAGUGGAACGACUGCAGUUACACCUUCGGAAAGCUGGCACAUUUGUUGGAUCAUAUGCAUCUGAAUUGCGCAAUGAGCUAGCAGCGUUGCGUGGUCUAGUUCUGGCGGAGCUUGCCCAGUUGUCGCACACUGCUAAUGAGCUUGCUGUAGCUGCUGCAGCCGACAGGGAUGGGGCUGUUCAAAGGCUCACAGUAGACCAUGAACUUGAGAUGGAAGCUCUUAGGCGUGAUGCAGCAGCAGCGGCAGAUGCUAGGGAUGAAGAACUGCGUAGGGUUAGAGAUGAGUUGAGCACCAAGGAAGAAAAAGCAGUAGCAGCACAUUCCGAUCUUGUAGCUCAGCUUAGCACUAUACAGGCAAAAUUGGAGACUGAAAUAUCUCAUCGACAAGAAUUGCAAUCUAAGCUAGAUGCCUUCGAGUUAGAGAAGCAGCGUGCUCUCAAGGAACUGUCUGAUAGACUGACACAUGAUUACAAGACUGAGUUGGAGGGUCUGCGUUCCAGGUUUAGGCUUAUGACAACUACUUCCAUGGAACGCAGCCCCAGUGACAGCAGUCUUGAAAGAAUAGAGCGUGCCGAUCUCGUAGAACUGGCAUACCAUGAGCAACAGAUGAAUCAGCUGCGAGAGAAGUUGUUAGUGGAGAAAGAAAGUGCAGUAAAAACAGCCGUAGAAACUGAAAGAAAGCAAUGGGAUCUAAAACUACAAGAGGAACUGAAGAAGGCACGCAGAGAUGAGGAGGCAAAGAAGCAGAUAACUUUCAAUGAGGUGGUAAGACAAGUUGUCCAGGAAAAAGACCAAAUGGUUGAUGAAUUCAGAACAAGGGAAGCAUCUUUAGUGGCAGAGUGCCAGAGGCUUCAAGAGACAGUUCGGCGGCUUACAGAAGAUACAGAUGCCAGAAGCCUGGAAUCAAAAACUGAUUCUGCUACGAAACCUCUGCUGGAUAAACUGGAACAACUAGAAACAGAAAAGGUGUUGCUGCAAAGGGAACUAGCAAAAGAACGUGCCCGGAAGAGCAGAACAUUAUCUGAAACAGCUCUCUCAGAUCUUAUCAAUGAGUCAAAGCCGCCAGCCCCAGACAUGAGCACAUCUGUUGCAGUUAUGCAGGAUGUUAAAAGGAACCGUGAUGCUGCAACAAGUCCAGAUCGUGUUGAUAAAGGUGUUCCAGAGCAGUUUCUACAAGAAAGUCUGACUCGCAGUGCUAGUUCGUUAAUCCAACAAGGAAAAAUAAGUAUUGUAUCAUGCAAUGUUGGUGAUGCUGUGCUGGUAGUUUGGAAUGAAGUUCACCGUAAUUAUCUCAUUCUCCAAGAAACAUCUACUCUGUAUUUCCUGCAUCAAGAUUGCUUGGAUAUACUUGGCUUGCGUCCAAGUUCAGAUGGUUCCCAAAGGAGACUUUACUGCACUGGUGAAGUAACAGAUAAAGAAUACUGCCAUGCUUUAAAGCCUCAGAAUCGUUUCAAUGUGCCUAAGGGGACCAAGUUCUUUCGAGUAAAGGUGCGACCAUUACCGAAGAUUGCAGCUCCUCGUUGCACGCACCAUCACCAGCACCAUCACCACCACCACCAUCAGUGCUCUGGUGGUUCCAGCUCCAAUUCAACAACUAAAGAUUCAUCGCUCAACUAAUUAGUCAGAUAUGAUUUUUAUUUUGCACUUUCAGUUACUAUCAUAAAACAAACUUCUUGGCAAAUAUGCAGUUAGCAAGCUUGGCUGUAUUUUAACAUGAUGCCCUGCAAAGUUGGUGCUGCAGUAUUAUCCCUUCGUGUUAUUACUUUUUUUCUUUCCCAGUCAGCAUAACACCAUUUUUCUUUAACAAGAGUAAUAUUUUAUAAGUAAAAUAUUUAUUGUUGUUAGUGAUGAUAUGAUUACAUUUAAUAGUCCUGAAACUUUUGUUUUGUAUAGAAAUUGUGUAAUUACGUUUAAGAUUACUUUUAGAUUUAGAGGCAAAUGUCAGAGGCUGGCACUCUGAUAAAAGUUCCAUCUGCCUUUAAGAACACAGAGUAACAGAACUCACGUACCUUGCUUUAUUUUUUUCCUUUUCUUUCUUGAUGCUGAAAAUGCUGCUCCAAAAACUUUUAUUUACAAGGAAGUUAUAAUGUGCUACAUACUACUGUAUGCACUGUAACUUUCAGACUGUUUGUAAAUUGUGUGUAUAUACGGUCAUUAGCUAGAUAGGAUGUGUCAAAAAAAUUUAAAAUAGUGUUGUCCUUUCUUAUGUGCUGUGUGAUUAGUUUAGCAGCAUAUUACUUGACAGGAUGUUUUGGAUAACUUGAGAGUGUAAUCAAUACAAAUUGCUUGAGUAUUAAUUUCCUAUGUGUACAUAUUUUGUAUAAAUUGUGAUGAUGUUGUUAAUAAGCAGUAGAGUCUUAUAGUACCUUAGUUGGAACUACAAACUCGUUCCUAGCUGUAAUUUUAUGGAGAGGACUUGUAUAUAUUUGAUAAAACAGUAAUUGUUUUGUGGUCUAUUAAUAAUAUUUUCCAGAAACUGAAACACAGGUACCUAGAAUAUGACACUUUGGUUUCUAGUGUUUCCUUCCUUGAUUUAGAUCUGUUUCCAAUAGUAUUUCUGUGACAUGUUUUAUGUUGACAGCAUUCAAGUAUAGAUUAGGUAAAAGUGUUCUUUAGGGUAUUAUAACAGUUUGUAGGGCUGUGAUGCAAAAAAUAUACUUAAGCUAACAGUAUAUUCUGGUUUUUCAAAGAAUUGUCCUUUGGAUGUCAUCUUUGUGUUAAUAAUUUUAACUAUUUUGUAAAUUGUAUAGGCUCUUCUUGUGUAAUGUUUGUUGAACCUGGCAGUGUACGGAAAAUAAACUAGAACUAGGUAAAACUUUCUUUCAGAAGUCUCCAGUUGUUGUAGUUUUGUAUUAAGUGACUUUUAAGCUUGGCGCAAUUAUCAGUAAUUAUUAAGCGUGCAACCAAGCUUUGUAAAUACAGUUGUGCAAUAUUAUAUACUUAUAAUAUAAGUAAAUACUGUAGCAGACACACUUUGUGUGCGUAUGCAUGGCAUGUAUAUAGUGUUUGGAAAAAUAUUUAUACUAAUAUAUUUUUUCAUAUGCAUUUAAGAGAUCACAUAGACUUACAGAGCUUUUAAGUCUUUUAAUCAAACAUUUCUUCUUUUCCCCCAGCAAGGCUGUUUUGUAAUAUAAAGAUUUACAUUGCUAAUAACUCUUUUGAGAGGGCACAAAAUUGUUAUAAGGAGCUCACUUGUAAUGCUUGGGCAGCAGGAUGAUUUUAAUCAGUGAUUGUUUGAAGACUAAAUCUGUAAGUUAAGACAAAAACUGUUGUGCCUAAGUAAUUUUAUGAACCUUGUGGUGAAGUAAUUUAUAUUACUGUGUUAAUUUUAAGAUGUGGAUGUGAUCAGAACUGUGGAGGUUGCCUCCGUAUGUUUGUCAUGUUGCAAAUUGAGAAUGAUGACUGCUAGUUACGUUUGCGUAUGUUUGUAUUUAAACACACAUUUAUUCAUUUGCUUGACUGUGUGUUAUUUUGAGAUGUUUGUGUGAUGUAAAAUCCAGUCCACUUUCUGUGGAAAUGGACUGUAUUAUGGAUCUUCUGGUCAGUAUAGUUAUUAUUUAUUGAACAAGAUUUGUAGGUUCCUAGAUGGGUGGAUAAUGAUUUGUGGCAAACACAAGAUUGGAAGAUCCAAAGAUAACGGCGCCUGUAUGUAGUAAUAUUUGCCUAGGUCUGGGUUAGUGAACCAGCUUAGUUUGUCUCCCAUUUUUAAUCAUAAAUGUCAUUAAUUUUGAAAGAUACAGUGUACGUCAUGUCACCAUUUGCCCUGAGUAAAUGAAACUGUACAAAUAUAGAAUAAAUUUUUUUUAUUUGUUCAA